AUGGCUGUCCGAGCCUCAUUUGAAAACUCCAACGAAGUGGGCGUGUUCGCGACCCUCACAAACUCAUACGCACUCGUCGCCGUCGGUGCAUCAGAGAACUUCUACAGUGUCUUCGAAGCAGAGCUCCAAGACGUCAUUCCCAUAUGCCACUGCACCAUCGCCGGCACGCGCAUCAUCGGCCGUCUCACAGCUGGUAAUAAAAGAGGCCUGCUAGUUCCGACAUCCACAUCCGACCAAGAGCUGCAACACCUGCGAAAUUCGAUCCCGGAUGAUGUGAAAAUCCAACGGAUUGAAGAGCGAUUAUCAGCGUUGGGCAACGUCAUCUGCGCGAACGAUCAUGUCGCACUUGUACAUCCGGAUCUCGAGCGCGAGACGGAGGAGAUCAUCGCCGACGUGCUCGGCGUCGAGGUUUUCCGCCAGACGAUCGCCGAUAACGUUUUGACGGGCAGCUACAUGUCGCUUUCGAACCAGGGCGGGCUCGUGCACCCGAAGACGUCGAUUCAAGAUCAGGACGAGCUGUCAAGUCUGCUACAGGUGCCCUUAGUCGCAGGAAGUGUCAACCGUGGUAGCCCGGUGGUUGGUGCCGGAAUGGUCGUGAACGACUGGAUGGCCGUCACUGGCUUGGACACCACUGCCACCGAGCUCAGCGUGGUGGAAUCGGUAUUCAAGCUCGGCGAGGGCAUGGGCCCUGGUGCGAUCAACACGACGAACAAGGAGACAAUGGUCGAAUCAUUCUACUGA